AUGUUGGGAGAUAGUUCAGCAAGACUUGUUUUGUGCGGUCUCAAUAAUUUUUUCUUUAACAUUUUUACUAAGAUUGUUGCUUCUAGAUUGGGUGGAGUUUUGGAUAAGCUAAUCUCGGAAGAAUAUGUUGCCUUUAUGAAGGGUAGAAAUAUUCAUGAAAAUAUUACUGUUGCUUCAGAAAUGGUAAAUGAACUUAAAGUUAAGCGCAAGGAUGGUAUGAAAACUGUGCAAAAUCUUCUUAAUCUGCUGGGAAUGUAUCAACGUGCUUCCGGGCAUACUGUCUGUAGACAAAAAAUCAAGAUUUAUUUUGGUGGAGGAGUUCUUCGUAGAAGACAAGAUAUUGCUGAUUUAACUGGUAUGGGUAUUGCCUCUCUUCCAGAUAGAUAUUUGGGUGUUAAAAUUAUGCCCGGUGCUGUGAAAUAUCAUCAUAUUAGUAAUGUGGUUGAUAAAAUUAAAAAUCAACUUGCUGUUUGGAAGGGAAUACUUUUAUCUUUUCAAGACCGUGUUGUUCUUGUGAAUUCGGUGAUUGCUAGAUAUUCCAUUCAUAACAUGGAUGUGUACAAAUGGCCACGUAAAUUCAUUUAUCAAUGUGAAAGGGAAAUUCACAAUUUCUUAUGGUCUGGAGAUGCGGAGAUAAGUCGUGCUUUUGUUGUUUCCUAUGACAAAGUUUGCUCUCCCGUUAAGGAAGGAGGGCUUGGUAUUUCUAGAUUGGCUACUACCAAUAAAGCCAUGCUAACGAAACUCUGA